CCUUCGAGUCCCCUCCUCCCCGGGUGCCUUGUGUGGACCGAAUCCCUGUCUCUCUCUUUCACACACGCUCAGUGCUAGUGCAACUCGAUCAUCGGAGCGAGAUGGUAUUCAAAAGUAUUCCGUUUUUUGUCCUUCUAGCCAUCGCCUUGAUAAAUGCUGAACCACAGGAAAUGAGUAGCAAGUCCAAGAUUUGUGCCAACGUGUUUUGCGGUGCUGGAAGGGAGUGUGCAGUGACGGAGAAGGGAGAACCCACUUGCCUGUGCAUUGCAGAAUGCAAGCAUCACAAGAGAGUAGUUUGUGGAAGCAAUGGGAAGACUUAUCGUAACCACUGUGAACUUCACCGUGAUGCAUGCCUGACUGGUAUGAAGAUUCAGGUCGCUCACGAUGGCCAUUGUGAAGAAAAGAAGAAUGAAAAAGUAGCAGCCAGUAGUCCAGUUGUCUGCUACCAGACAGACCGGGAUGAGCUUCGGCGCCGUGUUAUGGAAUGGCUGGAGACUGAAAUCAUUCCUGAUGGAUGGUUCUCGAAGGGCAUCAACUAUACAAAUAUUCUGAACAAAUACUUCACGAGUUAUGAUGAUGGUGACUCCUACCUAGAUUCUAAUGAGUUCCUGAAAUUCGUAGAACACAAUGAGACUGUUAUCAACAUUACCUCAUACACUGAGCAGGAGGACACCAGACUUCUUCGGGGCCUCUGUGUGGAUGCACUGAUUGAGCUUUCUGAUGAGAAUGCUGACUGGAAACUCAGCUUCAAUGAGUUUUUGAACUGCCUGAAUCCUGGCUUUGUCCCACCUGAGAAAAAAUGUGCCUUGGAAGAUGAAACCUAUGAGGAUGGAGCUGAGACUACAGUGGAGUGUAACCGAUGCGUCUGUGCAUGUGGCAAUUGGGUGUGUACUGCCAUGACCUGUGAUGAUAAAAAUAAGGACGUUCCUGAGGAGCAGCCACAAACUACUGCCGAUGAUGAGAUGACUGAAGAGGAGUGGACAAAGUACGUUCACGAGCUCAACAAGCAUCAGGAGACUGCUGAGAAGGCUAAGAAAGUGAACAUAAAGGAGACCUAAAAAUAUAUGCUGUGGAAGAGGAACAAAGUUAAUCUUUAUUUUCUAACCUGUUUCUCUCCAUUCAGCCAACCAGUAAACACUUGGAAUUUCAACAAUCACUACUAAAUAUAUAUAUAUAUAUACACACACACACGUUAUAAACAGUAUUUUUUGGGGCUUUGUGUUGGGGACAAAAGGAGUCCUUGGUUUUAUUCAAACAGACUUCUUAUAAUGUACUGUAAUGUUAAACAAGAGUUUAGUAGAAAAGCUAGCCAUAAAUGGUAAUCUGAUGGUUUGAAUUGUAACAGCUGCAUAGUCCUGUGAUGGAAGAUGGUGGAAAUUAUAUCCUGCUCCUUAUUAGUUACCGAUGUUCCUCUGUAUUACACACAGAACCACAGGUGGACCUUCAUUGGACAGGACCCCUAGACCAGAAUUCUAAAUAUUAAAGUUUCCCAGUAUGUCCUAAAACUCUGGUGCAACUUUAAUUAGGAUGAUGGCAUCAACAUUAUUGAAAAGAUUGAUUUUCACUAACUCACAUAGAAUUGUGAUCUUUGAGCUGGCAGAGUUCAGUCAUAGGGGUCCAAAGUUAUGGUUUUAUUUCUUGGUGUUCAUUGAUAAUCAAAGUUUUCAAUUCACCCUGAAUUCUGGGAAGAAAACAAGUUCAUGUAAGAACACUUUGGAAGUUUAAAGUUAUUUCUUUUUUUGUAAAUAAAUACCUACAAUAUUAA